AUGCUUCCACCGACUGCCUUCUGCGUCCGCUGUGGGGCAGCCUUGCUGCGCUUGCCCCAAAGGCACUCAGCAGCAGCAGCAGCAGCAGCAACAGCAGCAACAGCUGCUGCUCCUGCAUCAUUAAAUAGGCCUGCCACUGCUUCAUUUUUACUGCCCAGAACAGCAGGCGCUGCUGCGGGUCGCCCUCUAACUGCAGCGACUGCAGCAUUAAGAGCAGCAGCAGCAGCAGCAGCAGCAGCAGCGCCGGGAACAGCAGCAGCAAGGCCUUGGGGUUAUGCUGCUAGUGGACUGUUCGCUGCAGAGAAAACCCGCGGGCUGCUAGCAACAAGCAGCAACGCGAGCAGCAGCAGCAACAGCAGGGGUGAACACAGCAGUGGGAGCAAUAGGCACUACAGCAGCAGCAGCAGCAGCAACAGCAACAGCAACAGUAACAGCAGCAAAGUGAUGCCGGCCAGCGGAAGAAGGCCUUCACCGUGGUUGCUGCUUGCUGUCGAGAUGCUGCCGCCAGCUGCUGCAGCAGUCCUUGCUGCUGCUGCAGGGCUGCAACCCCCGCAGCAUUCUGCUGCUGCUGCUGUUUCUACCGCCAACACCUCUGCUGCUGCUGCUGCUGUUGAGGCAGCUCUAGGAAAGGGGGCUCACGGCAAGGCCGACGCAGAGUGGCUUGCACUGCUGCAGCAGCAGCAACAGCAACAGCACGAGGAGCAACAGCAGCAGCAGCAGCGGCAGCAGCAGCAGCAGCACAACCAGCAGCAGCACGAGCAGCAGCAGCUGGCGCCGCGGGGCGUAUACAGUCAAAGCGGCCGAAUGUAUGAUGCGGUGGUACAGCGCUACCUGCAGCAGCAGCAGCAGCAGCAGCAAAUACCGUGGAUGCAGCAGCAGCAGAAGCAACAGACUGUAAAGCAGCAGCAGCAGCAACAGAAUCAGGAUCCUUCAGGCGCCGCAGCUUCCUCUGGGGAUGUUCCAUGGUUUGCUGCUGCUGCUGCUACUGCUGCUGCUGCAGCUGCAGCAGCUGCGGCUUGUUGA